UGUUCCUUGUACUGAACGGUUCAGAAUUUUUGAGGGUUUUGAUACGAGAUGGUGAACGCCACUAAAGGAUUGUUCGUCUCUUGCGACAUACCUAUGGCGCAAUUCAUCAUCAAUUACAACAAUACACUGCCCCCUUCACAACAAUUCAUAAUACAUGUCUUGGAUAGUACUCACCUGUUUGUGCAGCCCCAUGCAGCUGAAAUGAUAAGAAGCGCCAUUUCCGAAUUUAGAGAUCAGAAUUCUUAUGAGAAGCCUACUUGAAUCCUUUAGAUUUAGAGACCAAAUUGGUCACAUUGUAUUUGUAUCUUGGUUUAUUGUGUCCAUGUAUCAAAUCUCCCUUCCAGCUCUGUCACCUGUAGCUCUUAUUU